AUGGUGCGUCUUUUUACUCUUACCAUUGCCACUCUUGGUCUUUUCCUCACUACCCAAUCAGUGACUGCAGAGCCUAAAGAUCCAAGCGAUAUGGCUUCUGGCGGUGGCACCGAAGGCACAAAAGUGAGAACGUUCAUGGAUGUUGCCAAAAUCUUUUGCGGCUUUGUCAAUGGUCAUCCCGAUGAUCUCUCCAAAGUUGUUGCCUCUGCUGAAAACACAAUUGGUGGUGGCAGCGGCCCUGGAAAUGGAUCACCUUUUAACCCUGCACAGGAUAUUUUCAAGCUCUCAAAGCAAUUCUGCGAACGUGUCGGCCUACACCCCGAAGGACCCAGCUCUUCAAACAUCGGCACAGGAAAUGGUCUUUAA